GAGUAGGGUAGGGCCGGGCCGGGCAGGGCAGGCGGGGCGGUCUUGGAGGCCCCGGGCUGCUGGAGGGGCGUGGGUCUGGGAGGACAAGAGCUGACUCGUUUUCUGUGCAGCUUCCUCCUUCUCCACCUCCUCCCAUCAGUCUCGCUCUCUUUCUUUCUCUGGCGCACACUUACCCUUACACACGCGCUCACUCCCCGCCCUCCCACUUCCCAAUUCCCCCCUCCCCCGCGCACCCCUGCCCGCGGCGGGAGGCGGGCCGGCGGGAAGCUGGGGGUGGUCCGCCUGGAGAGCAGCGCCGAAGUCCGCCGAAGGUGAAAGAGGAGGUGGCGGUGGUGGGGAGGAGGAUCCCCGGCUGCGAACCGACUGACUGACGGACUGACAGCCAGCUACGGGAGCAGACCGGCCACACAGAAUCCUUCAUUCCUGUGACCUGUAAUCUGUCCGAAUAUGAUCUGAACCUCACCAUGGGAUGAUCCUGGCCAGCACUGGGCAUUCAUUGUGAAUCUUAAACCCAAGACAUUAGCAUGAAGGGCUAUUGGCAGGUGUCCCCUGAAUCCCUGCUGGUGACAUUUGAUCUUUUGGUGACAUAUCCCAGAGGAGAAGUUCAGGAUUUGCUUGAAGGAUUCUUGAUGUGAUCUCUUAAGAGCUGAUUCAGUGGGUUAUUUUGCCUUACUUUAUAAAUAAAUACACCAGCCAACUUCUACCUGCUCAGUAUUCGUGGCAAUGAUGGCUCAGUCCAAAGCCAAUGGCUCUCACUAUGCCCUGACUGCCAUUGGGCUGGGGAUGCUGGUGCUGGGGAUCAUCAUGGCGGUGUGGAAUCUCGUCCCAGGAUUCAGUCAUGCGGACAAACCAUCAACGCACGGGAACAGCAGCAGCCCCAGUGGUGGGAUCCUCAAGAGCAAGACAUUCUCUGUGGCCUAUGUGCUGGUGGGGGCCGGGAUCAUGCUCCUGCUCCUUUCCAUCUGCCUGAGUAUCCGGGACAAGAGGAAGCAAAGGCAAGGGGAGGAGGAGAUCGCCAGAAUCCAGCAUAAUGCAGCUGUUGCAUCUCAGACCCAGGAAGAAGACAGCCAAGAGGAGGAGGAAUCCCACUCGAGAUAUUACGUCCCCAGCUACGAGGAAGUGAUGAACACCAACUACUCCGAGGUGCGAGAACUGAACCAAAACCCUGGGAUGAACAUCUCUCUCCCUUCGUACGAGUCUCUGACGGGGCUGGACGAGACAACUCCCACCACGGCCCACGCUGACGGGGAGACCCACCUGCCGGACAGACAGAACUCCAGGCUCGCAAAACGCCUGAAGCCCCUCAAAGUGCGCAGGAUUAAGUCAGAAAAACUUCACCUGAAGGACUUCCGAAUUAACCUACCUGAAGGGAAUCUGCCUCCUCCCACGAUAGAACCGUUGACUCCUCCACCACAGUAUGAUGAAGUCCAAGAAAAAGCAGCCACAGACACGCGGUCGCCAAACUGAGCUCUCCAGGACCCGAGCUGGUUUGAGCUCUGUUUUGUCAAGAGACUCCAAAUGAGCUGGAAUGGCUUAGAGUUUUAAAACUGAUGGACCCCAUAUAUAUGUGUGUGUCAUAUUAACUUUGGUGGGAAGGCAGGGCAGAGGUCAAGGAAGGGGAUCGGGACUGACGUUUCACGUAAACUUACAGAGCAGAGAGAUUGGGGGGGGAAAGACCUCUUAGACAACCGUUCCUCUCAUUUUAAGAAUGCCUAUUGUCUAUCCUUGAUAGUGCCCUUCUCAUUCCUGAGUUAUUAGCAAGAAUCACUCCUCUUUCCAUUUAGGAAAGGAAAAGUCGUAUUGUUUUUGUCUUUGAGUGUCUGUGUGUGUGUGUUUUCCUUCUCCUGGUUAAAAAAAAGUGAGAUUUUUUUGUUUGCUUCAUGGAGAAAAAGAAAAUAUCUCUGCCUUUACAAGAAUUUUGAAAGAUUAGCAGGACCACGCAACAGAUCGUUUUGUCACCCAACAGCAACACUAAAGUGGUUCAGAGGCCUGGAACCAGGGGUAGGAUUUGGGAAGUUGAGGAAACUUUCAAUUCUUUGAGGGUCAAAAGUCUGCCAGGCUUCCCCCAGCGGAUGGGUGCUGCUCUCCUUUCUCUUGUAUCAUUGGGGAAAUAUCAUUACCCAAAUGUCUGAUGUUUUUAAAAAGUUUUGUUUAAAAUUGUGCAACCGAGUCGUUUUUUAAAUAAAAAUUGUUUUGUAUGCAGUACAUCUGUGUCCUAAGCUAUUCAGCCAAGUGAGCUUUAUAGACCUUUUGUACAGAAAAAGUACAUUGGUUUGGACUCAGAGGCCCUUGCUCUGCUACUUACUAUCACAUCACAGAACAUCUCUGGGUCGAGUUUUCCUCACCUGAAAAAUAAAGGGGUUAUAUUAAUAUUUAA